GCUCUGGGCAGCCAAUGGGCGCACCGCGGGGGCGGGCCCGGGCGAGGUUAGGGUGUCCUUGCAGGGUGCUGGGCUAAACUUCACCAAAUAAAAGCUGUUUGUGUUGGGGCGGCUGCGGAGCCAUUUUGGAAAUAACAUUCAUCCCAGAUUUGAUGAUAAUGAAAAUACAGAAAAAAGAAAAGCAGGUACCUGGCGCAGGCAGGUGAGGCUGAGGGUUUUGUCCCUGCUCACCACAGGCCUGGCUCACCCACUGGCCUGAGCUCGUCCUUGCCCUGAGCAGGUGUGGGGAAAACACUGCUGAAUUUUACUGCUCCUGAGCUCCCGUGCAGCCGCCAAGCUUAAAAGCACUGAGCCUCUCCUCAAUGUCGUCUGCCUGGGAGUGCAAGACACAGGAUACCUUUGCCAGCAGUGAAGAGCAGGACAAGGUGCCCCACCAGGUGACAGUGACAGCCACAAACACAGGUGGCCAGUGCCAGUGCCCAAAGGAAGAGCCCAACGGGGCUCCCCAGAAGCGGACAAGCACCCAGAACGGGAUGCAGGACAGUGGGGGCACGGGGGUGAAGAAGAAACGGAAGAAAAAGGAUCUGGCAGAGCAGGAAGAGGGAGAUAAAGCAGCUGUGGAGGUGAAACCAAAGAGGAGGAGAGAGCCUAAAGAACCAAAAGAGCCUAAAAAGGUGAAGGAGUCCAAGAAGCCGAAGGAGCCCAAGCAGAGGGAGGUGGCUAAGAAGCCCCGGAAACCUCGGGAACCCAAAGCCCCAAAGGAGCCUAAAGACAAGAAGAGUGGCUCUGAGCCAGCCCCCAGAUCAAGACCCAAGAAGAGCAGCAAAGACACCCCCGUGGAGAAGAAGAAGAAAGGGAAGAGGAAAAAUGAGAUACCAGUGAACAGUUUGGAUUUGGAUCAGGAUCUCCUGAGCCCAUCUGUACAGAGCCCAGAGGAGUCUGCAGAGUCAGCUGACAGCCAGAAACGACGCUCUGGACGGCAGGUGAAGAGGAGGAAGUACAACGAGGACUUGGAUUUCAAGGUUGUGGAUGAUGACGGCGAGACAAUUGCCGUGCUGGGAGCUGGGCGAACCUCCGCGCUCUCCGCCUCUACUCUGGCGUGGCAGGCAGAGGAGCCUCCCGAGGAUGAUGCCAAUAUCAUUGAGAAGAUCCUUGCCUCCAGGAUGGUGCAGAAGGAGGCUCAUCCUGGAGGCCUGGCAUUUGAGACAGAGGAGUUCUACGUCAAGUACAGGAACUUCUCUUACCUCCACUGUAAAUGGGCAACGCUGGAGGAGCUGGAGAAGGACCCCAGGAUCUCGCAGAAGAUAAAGCGCUUCCGGAACAAGCAGGCUCAGAUGAAACAUAUUUUUACAGAGCCUGAUGAAGAUUUGUUCAACCCGGACUAUGUGGAGGUAGAUCGAAUUCUGGAGGUGGCUCACACAAAGGACCCUGACACUGGGGAGGAGGUGACUCACUACCUGGUGAAGUGGUGCUCACUGCCAUAUGAGGAGAGCACCUGGGAGCUGGAGGAGGAUGUUGACCCAGGGAAGAUUAAAGAGUUUGAAGCCCUCCAAAUCCCUCCAGAAAUCAAGCACAUGGUAACGUACCCUGAGGAGCGCCCAGCAUCCGAGUCCUGGCAGAAACUGGAGAAGUCCCGGGAGUACAAGAACAGCAACCAACUGCGGGAGUAUCAGCUGGAGGGAAUGAACUGGCUGCUCUUUAACUGGUAUAACAGGAAGAACUGCAUCCUGGCUGACGAGAUGGGGUUGGGGAAGACAAUCCAGUCAAUCACCUUCCUCUCAGAGAUAUUCCUGAUGGGCAUCCAUGGCCCCUUCCUCAUCAUCGCACCUCUCUCCACCAUCACGAACUGGGAGAGGGAGUUCCGUACCUGGACGGAGAUGAAUGCCAUCGUGUACCACGGCAGCCAGAUCAGCCGGCAGAUGAUCCAGCAGUACGAGAUGGUGUACAGGGACACACAGGGUAACCCUCUCCCUGGGAUCUUCAAGUUCCAGGUGGUUAUCACCACCUUUGAGAUGAUCCUUGCUGACUGCCCGGAGCUGAAGAAGAUCCAGUGGCGCUGUGUGGUCAUUGACGAGGCACAUCGCCUGAAGAACAGGAACUGCAAGCUCUUGGAGGGGCUGAAGCUCAUGGCCCUGGAACACAAGGUGCUGCUGACAGGGACCCCUCUGCAGAACUCGGUGGAGGAGCUCUUCAGCCUCCUAAAUUUUCUGGAGCCACAGCAGUUCCCCUCAGAGACAGCUUUCCUGGAAGAGUUUGGAGACCUGAAGACAGAGGAGCAGGUGAAGAAGCUGCAGUCCAUCCUGAAGCCCAUGAUGCUGCGACGGCUGAAGGACGAUGUAGAGAAGAAUCUGGCACCCAAACAGGAGACCAUCAUUGAGGUGGAGCUGACCAAUAUCCAAAAGAAAUACUACCGGGCCAUCCUGGAGAAGAAUUUCUCCUUCCUCUCCAAGGGUGCCAACCAGCACAAUAUGCCCAACCUCAUCAAUACCAUGAUGGAGCUGCGCAAGUGCUGCAAUCACCCGUACCUCAUCAAUGGGGCAGAGGAGAAGAUCCUGGAAGACUUCCGUAAAACACACUGCCCAGAGGCACCAGACUUCCAGCUGCAGGCGAUGAUCCAGGCAGCUGGGAAGCUGGUGCUCAUUGAUAAGCUGCUUCCCAAGCUGAUCGCUGGUGGGCACAAGGUGCUCAUCUUCUCACAGAUGGUGCGCUGCCUUGACAUCCUGGAAGACUAUCUCAUCCAGAGACGGUACACCUAUGAGCGCAUCGAUGGGCGGGUGCGUGGCAACCUGCGCCAGGCUGCCAUUGACCGCUUCUGCAAGCCCGACUCGGAUCGCUUUGUGUUUCUCCUGUGCACGCGGGCGGGCGGGCUGGGCAUCAACCUCACCGCUGCCGACACCUGCAUCAUCUUCGAUUCCGACUGGAACCCACAGAAUGACCUGCAGGCUCAGGCUCGUUGCCACCGGAUCGGGCAAAGCAAGGCAGUGAAGGUCUAUCGCCUCAUCACCAGGAACUCCUACGAGCGGGAGAUGUUCGACAAGGCCAGCCUGAAGCUGGGCCUGGAUAAAGCCGUGCUGCAGGACAUUAACCGCAAGGGCAGCACCAAUGGGGUUCAGCAGCUCUCCAAGAUGGAGGUGGAGGACCUGCUGCGGAAGGGUGCCUACGGCGCGCUCAUGGAUGAGGAGGACGAGGGGUCGAAGUUCUGUGAGGAAGACAUUGAUCAGAUCCUCCAGCGCAGGACACAGACCAUCACGAUCCAGUCUGAAGGGAAGGGCUCCACAUUUGCAAAGGCCAGCUUCGUAGCAUCAGGAAACAGAACUGACAUUUCCUUAGAUGACCCCAACUUCUGGCAGAAGUGGGCCAAGAUAGCAGAGCUCGAUACAGAUGCCAAGAACGAAAAGGAGAGCCUGGUCAUCGACAGACCCCGGGUGCGGAAGCAAACCAAACACUACAAUUCCUUCGAAGAGGAUGAGCUGAUGGAGUUCUCUGAGCUGGACAGUGACUCGGACGAGCGGCCCACACGCUCGCGGCGAUUCAACGAGAAGACGCGGCGGUACCUGCGGGCUGAGUGCUUCCGUGUGGAGAAGAACCUGCUCAUAUUUGGCUGGGGACGCUGGAAAGAUAUCCUGACCCAUGGGCGGUUCAAGUGGCACCUGAAUGAAAAGGACAUGGAGAUGAUUUGUCGGGCCUUGCUGGUGUAUUGCGUCAAACACUACAAGGGGGAUGAGAAGAUUAAGAGUUUUAUCUGGGAUCUCAUCACGCCAACGAAGGACGGCCAGAACCAGGCUCUGCAGAAUCACUCAGGUAGCUUGUCAGCACCGGUGCCCAGAGGCAGGAAGGGGAAGAAGACAAAGAACCAGAUGCUGCUUCCUGAGAUAAAGAAUGCCGACUGGCUCGCCACCUGCAACCCCGAGGUGGUGCUCCAUGAUGACAGCUACAAGAAGCACCUCAAACAGCACUGCAACAAGGUUCUGCUGCGGGUGCGAAUGCUCUACUACCUGAAGGCUGAAGUGCUGGGGGAGGCUGCGGAUAAAGCCUUUGAGGGGACCCCCGCCAGGGAGCUGGAUGUGCUGCUGCCUGACAUUGACUACGUGGAGAUCCCAGUGGACUGGUGGAAUGCCGAAGCCGAUAAAUCCCUGCUCAUCGGUGUCUUCAAGCACGGUUACGAGCGGUACAACGCCAUGCGGGCGGACCCAGCGCUGUGUUUCCUGGAGAAGGUGGGCAUGCCCGAUGAGAAGCUGCUCUCUGCCGAGCAGGGCGUCAGCGACGGGGCACAGGAUGCUGCUGAAAGGGGCAGCAUGGAAAAAGAAGAGAGCAGUGGAGAAAAGCUGGAGGGGCUGUCAAAACAGGAGGACAUCGUGGCUGCUGGGGUGGGUGAAGCCAGUGAGAAGCGGGACGAGCCAGCGGCAGCCCAGGAUGGCUCCGACUCAGACAGAUCCUGCUGGCCUGUCUCCUCUGCUCUCACGGCCAGACUGCGGCGACUCGUCACCGUCUACCAGCGCUGCAACCGCAAGGAGCUGCCUCCCCGUGCCGAGAUGCUGGUGCCUGGUAACCAUGGCUACUGGCUGCAGGAUGAGAUGUUCCGGAGAGCCUCUGAGAUGGACUCGGUGAACAAAGAAAUGCAGAAAAGGUGGACCAGGAGGGAGCAGGCAGAUUUCUACCGCACUGUCUCCUCCUUUGGGGUUAUCUAUGACCAAGAGAAAAAGGUCUUUGACUGGGCCCAGUUCCGAGCCAUCUCUCGACUGGAGAAGAAGACAGAUGAGAGCCUGGAGAAGUACUUCUACAGCUUUGUAGCCAUGUGCAAGAAUGUUUGUGGUCUCCCUCUGUGGAAAGAGGAUGGUCCUCCAGACCCUGACAUCUACGUGGAGCCCAUCACGGAGGAGCGUGCUGCCAGGACCCUGUACCGCAUCGAGCUGCUGCGGAAGGUGCGCGAGCAGGUGCUCAAGUGCCCCCAGCUCCACGAGCGCCUCAAGCUGUGCCGGCCCAGCCUCUACCUGCCCGUGUGGUGGGAGUGUGGCAAACACGACCGGGACCUGCUGAUCGGCACCGCCAAGCACGGCCUGAACCGCACUGACUACUACAUCAUGAAUGACCCCCAGCUGUCUUUUUUAGAUGCAUACAGAAACUAUGCCCAGCAUAAAAGAACGGGGCUCCCAGGCCCAGAAACCCUGUGCUGCCUUUACCAGUCUAAAACCAAACUCUACAGUUCCCCCCUGUACAGCCAGAUGGACCAGACCUGUGAAACCCUGGAGAAUGAAGCUGAGAGUCAGAUCAAGCUAGAAACCGUGGACAGCACCAUGUCCCAGGCUGGGGGCAGCCCAGCAGACGCAAACUGUGAAACAUUCAUGUCCGAAGUCCGGGACAUCAUUUCCAGUACCUACGACGAGAGCUCGCUGCCAGACUCAUUGGUGUGCAUGAUGUACGAUGAGAAGGCCUGUCCCAGUGAGCAGAGCUCCCUCGCCAGGGACAGCCCAAACUGCACAGAUGUUGGAAGCAGCGUUGCCAAACUCUCCGAGGGCAAGCUGGAGGGGGAUGAGGAUCCAUCCAGCUGCGAUGCAGAUGCCAUGAGAGAGGCUCCCUUCCUAGAGGGUUUGCAGGUGUGCUCUGACCGAAUGGACAGUCAGAAUGAGGAAGCUGAGCCUUCACCUUCUACCCCUGGGAGCAACCCUUCACAGAGUGCCGCAGCCAAGCUCGGCAAAGGCUUGGAACAGAAAGGAGCACUUGCCAGCCCGGCAGCAGGGCUGCCUGAGCAUGGCACCAUGGAAAGGGUCCUAAGUGUGGGGCUCUACAGUCCCAGUCUCCAUAACUAUGAACUAAAGGUUCCUCCUGAGCAGAGGUUCAUCAGUCUGCUGCAGGAGAAAGGAAUGGAGGCAAAGUCAGGGCCAAGUCAGAGCCACAGCGAGGAAGAUGAAGAGGAAGAAGAGGAUGAUGAUAACUCUGAGACAGCAGCAGAUACGGUGGAAGGCUUGAAUGGUCCCAGGACCAGGGCUGAUGGUGGCCCCGAGGCUCAUGAACUGGGGGGUGAGGAGCAGAGCUCUGGUCUCCCCACACCCGAGGACACUUGCCCAGAAGACGUGAAUGGUGAGAGGGAGUCCCUGGGGCUGGGGGAGCCCUGCGCAGAGGGCAGGGAGGACUGUGGCUCGAAUGAGGAGAGCACCCGACAGCACUCACCGGGCCAGGCUCAGAGCCAGCACUUCAGCUUGCCCACACCUCUGCCUCAGGGGGGGCCUCAGGGGGCAGAACCCCUGUGUGUCAGGGGGGAGCCCUUGGGCCAAGCCGCUGAGGGGCAGACAGGCUGCACAGAGGCCCCACACCCUGAGCCUCAGGGCAUAAAGCAAGAAAAGUGUGACAACAGAGAUGACGGGGAGAAAGCCAGCAGCAACCAGAGCAAAGAUGGUCCAGAGAAGUACUUGGAGGAAGAGAACAAGAAUUCUGCUUCUGUCCUGCCCGGGGAGAUGGAUGAUCUUCAGGAUGCCCGGGCACCAACCAUUGCCCAGCUGCUGCAGGAGAAGACGCUUUACUCCUUCUCUGAGUGGCCUAAGGACCGUGUGAUCAUCAACCGCAUUGACAACAUCUGCCAUGCCAUCCUGAAGGGCAAGUGGCCUUCCUCCAGCCAGCAGUUUGAGGCACAGAGCCUGCUGACAGCUCCAGCCAUGGCCAGCAGCGCUGGCAGCAGGAGCAGCUUUGCCGAGUCAGAAGCCCCCGAUCCCAGCUUCAAUAACGGGGUGUUAAUGUCACGGGUACAAAAGGAAGGUUUCCUGAGCCCUGCCUUUGCAAAAGACGAGCGGAAGCACAGGAGACCCUAUGAAUUCGAGAUGGAGAGAGAUGCCAAACAGAGGAGCCUGGAGCAGCUGGCAGCAGCCCAUGUCCAUCCACCCAUUGUGCUGAACGGCUGGCGCGAGGCAGCGGUGGAUUUGUCCAGAGCCUCUGAUGGGUCCCCGGGGAACUCCUCUCCUUUCCCCCUGAACACAAACAUGCCCAAAUUGGGGACCGUGAAUGCCCUCCAGAGCUCCCUGGGCAUGGACUUGUCUGGCAUCCUACAGGCGGGGUUAAUCCAUCCUGUCACUGGACAGAUUGUAAACGGCAGCCUCCGAAGAGAUGAUGCUGCCAUGAGAAGGAGACGGGGCAGGAGGAAAAAUGUCGAAGGGAUGGACCUCAUCUUCUUGAAGGAGAGGCCUCUUCCAAACAGGCUGCAGGAUGUUCAGGAAGACCAGCCACAGCCCCCUCAGAACAGUCCUCUCCCUGACGGGCCGGUUGCUGCUACCUCAGCUCCACAGCCAGUCCCAGCUGCAGGCAGCCAAGAGAAGGCUGUCCCGAAUAAGAGUCUCCUCGACUGGCUCCGGCAGCAGUCUGACUACACACUUGACGUUCCCAGCUUUGGCACAGUUGCAGUUCUGGAGGGCUCUGAUCCCAGAGAAACAUGGUGCAGCAUCUCUGUGCUGGGAACAGCUGAAAGAGGAAGGAAACAAAGCACAGCUGAGCUGAAUUUUUCAGACAAGCCCAAGCAGAGGAGGCAGCGCUGCAAGGACCCCAACAAACUGGACAUUAGCUCUCUGACUGGAGAGGAGCGGGUGCCGGUGGUACAUAAGGGUACCGGACGGCGGUUAGGGGGAGCCACGGCACCAGCAUUGAAGGAAUUGCCAAGGUGGCUUGAUGCAAACUUGGAGUAUGCUGUUGCAGCUGACUGGGCUGACAUUGUUAAGCUUUCAGGCUACUUACCCGAAAACAAAUUCAAUCGCAUCCUCACCGAGCCCGUGCUCCGGGACGCUGGGCCGCGCCGGAGAGGGAGGAGGCCCCGGAGCGAACUCCUUAAAGGCCCUGGUGUUGUAGCAGAUUCUUCUUCUGGAAUGGGACCAUUGUUUAUGAACGGACUAAUUGCUGGGAUGGAUCUGGUGGGACUUCAGAACAUGAGAAAUAUGCAAGGGAUCCCUCUGACCGGGCUGGUCGGGUUUCCUGCUGGCUUUGCAGCAGUGCCCGCUGGUGAGGAUGUGAAGAGCACCCUGAGCAUGUUGCCCAUGAUGCUGCCGGGCAUGGCAACCGUUCCCCAGAUGUUCGGUGUUGGAGGACUCCUCAACUCCCCCAUGACGACGACUUGUACUGCGACUGCUCCGACUUCGUUAACAAGCACAACGAAAGGUGGCACAGCCAGCGCCGAGAAAGCAAAUGAGGAGAAACAGGGCAGCCAGGAUGGGAAAAAAGAACCUCUCGCUGAAGACAAGCCUGGUCCUAGUUCAUUUUCUAAUCAGACAGAAUCCGCAAUAACUACCAGUAGUCCUGUAGCUUUUAACCCAUUUCUUAUCCCAGGGAUGUCUCCUGGACUGAUCUAUCCCUCCAUGUUCCUUUCCCCUGGCAUCGGCAUGGCGCUGCCUGGCAUCCAGCAAACCAGGCACUCGGAGGCGGCAAACCUGGAGAGCCAGAAGCGGAAGAGGAAGAAAGCAAAAGGGGAAUUGGCAAAUCCAGAGCCAGAAACUGUCUCACUGCCGGAAAAAGAAGCUGCAAACAGUCAAAACUGUGUGGAGCAGAGCCCGCCAGCGGCAGCAGAGAAGGAGCAGGACGGACCAGCAGAGGAGGAGCACCAAGCAGCUCACGAUACCGAUUAGAACUUUUGUUUCAUUGAAAGAAAAACACAAAAAGAUUGUGGCUUGUGAGUUUCUUAUCCCAUAAACUCUUUGUUACUUCCCCUCCCACCCCGCUCCACCUUCAUAAACCUGUGUUUCCAUGAGUAAUAUUAUCUACCUAAUUCCCUGUCAGAAAAAACUGGUGACAUACUACAUGUUAAUAGUUGCAGGGUCUUGCCACUUUAUUAGAUAAACAGUGUUGUCUAGCUAGUAUGGGAGGCACCGAAUUCUCAUUCUGUUUUUCCAGUCGUUCAUCCCAGCCAACAAUAGCAAAUCCAGUACUUGGUCACCCCCCGUAAAUUGCUCACUCCUUUGAGAAGAAAAAGCAGCAAAAAAACAAGAGCAGAAGAAAAGUGUUUAUCUCUUGGUCUAACACACAGACAAGGGUAUUUCUGUCUACAGCGACACUGAGCGAAAAAGCCUGUAUUUGGGUUAAAAGCACAGCUAUAGUAAGUGCUGAUGUGUAUUUUUGAUUUAAAGUAUUUCCCUAUUUUAUCAUGGUUACUAGAAUAGUAGUAUAGACAGAAGUAUAUAACUAAUGAUUGAAAAUGCAUAUAUUCAUUUCUUUGAAAGGAAAAGCAUAACUGGUAGUGAUAUAAUUUCUUGAUCAUCCCACCUCAAAGGUUUGGAGACAAACUGCAGAGAGUGAAAAAAUGAUGUAGACAUUUUGUAUUUUUUAAAACCAACGUUUGGUUUUAUGUUACGUGGAGUUUAGUUGCCCUUUCCUUGGUAGUUACAAGAACUUUCCAGCUUGAGCUGGAAAGGUUUUGCACACUUGCAUGACUUUUCUGGGGUUACUGUACCUGUAGCAACCAGUUCCUUCAUCAUUCUGCUAGUCUUCAGUUCUCCUCUCUGGCGUUAGUUCUCAGCUAUGGCAUUACAGGUGCUCUAAAGGUAUUUUUCCCCAGCCUUGAACAGACCACACCGAUUUUAAUGCUCUUAUAUGAACACUGAGGCUUCCUGAGUUUUUAUAUUUCCCACUCCUUACCCCAGAAGCAACGUUCUUUCAGCAAACACGGAGAAGGCUGUAGGCCAGGUUCCCCCAUUGGGGAGUCCUCUGAGAAGGACCCUUGAGACUUUCAGAGCCUGAGUUUCUUACUUUCUAGUGGUGGACUGUGAAGAGAUGACUUUGGCUUCUUCCCAUUCCGUUUGCUGUUGAACAGUAUUUCCCAAAUGAGUUCAGCAUCUGCAUUUCAAAUGGACGGGUUUUAAUGCCGCCAGCCCCCCUCCAGCUCUGGGUACUGAGACUCCUCCACAGGCAACUCUUCCGAUUUCUCCUUCCCCUCACUCCUCCUUUAAUUCUUCUUUCACUUGGGGUUGUUCUUACUUGCAGCUCAUGGUCUGAGACUUGAAUAAAGCCGCACUGGUGCAGCGGUGAGCGAAGGGCAGGCUGGGAGGGAGUUGGAGUGUGCUACUCAUCAGUUUCACACUUGGUUGUCACAAUUUACUGUAUUUUUUACUUUUUUUUUUCUGUUGCAGUUUUGCUAAUUUAUCAGAUGGUCCAAAUGUUUUGACAUAACUAUUUCAGUUUGCAUUAUUUAUUUAUGAUGCUUUUUGUCAUUGUCUUUUAUACAUUUGGGAUUAUAAAUUAUGUACAUGUUAAAAUUAGCAUCUCAAAGAAGUCUGUUACCCAUGGUCAAAAAAACCAGUUGGUUUAUAUUUUCACAGAAUUUAUUCCCAGUUUAUUGGAUUGGAUGAUUUUUUUUAAAGUGUGUAACCAAUCAUAAUCCAAUCCCCCUCCCCCCAAUAAUUGUGUUCUAUUUAAUAACAUUCUUGUAGCAUAGAUACUGUAUCACUAUCGACAGAUUUCUUAGAAAUGCUGCUAUCUCUAUUUAACUAACAUUUUGUUCAGUUUUUGCCUCCAGUGGAAGCAGAAAGGGUUUUUUCAGCUGUUAAAUCCAAAAUCAAUAUAAUUUAUUUAUGUAAAAAAAAAAGUCACGAUUGAUAUAUUUUUGAACCUUUUAAGUACUAACUUUGUUUUUAUUCAGUGGAAGAACAUGUACUUGCCCUAAAUCCUUAAAAUACAAAUGCUAUAAAACUUCAUAUAUCUUCAAAGCCUUACUGUGAAUGGAUACAGAAAUCUCUUCCGAGUCCAUUUCUUGUUAUGGGAUGGUUUUUCCAGGGUUACACGCGUAAGGAACAGGGUUUAAAGUGAAAUUUAUUUAAUUAGCCAGCAUGCUCUAUACCUUGUUCUUCCUUAGCAGACAUGUAUGCUACGUCUCUGGGUGUUUAGGCUUCUCUUUGCUACUUUGUGACCCUUUUGCAACCCGAUAUACUCUGUGGAUUAUUUAGACUGUAAGGCAUUAAGUGGCUGCUUCUUCUUUUCCAUCAUAUCCCAAACAAAUGCCAAAUUUUCACCGGUUUUCAUGGCUAUUCACACACAUACAUCCUUCACCAAAUGUGCUAACAAAAUAAACUGUCUGUGCUCUUGAACAUGGAUAAAAAGAAAAAGAUUUAAAAGUCAGAUUUUUAUUUUUUUAAUUUAGUGACUAGAUGAUGCUUAUCUUUCAGACUUGGCAGAGCCUUGCUACAGAUGUAUAUAAUUUUUUUCAGCAAAUAUAUGUGAAUGUUUAAUUCA